AUGAACGAUCGUGCUAAUACCACAUCCCACGACUGCCAGUCGUGUGAACGACCCAACUCGGCAGAAGAUGAAAUGGUUGAAUGUUGCAUAUGCACAUUGUGGGAGCAUUUCGGAUGCGCAGGAGUGGACUCCCGGGUUAAGGAUGCGAAUGUGAAGUAUGUGUGCAAGGGGUGCGCGGCUAGCCAGAACACUUCCGACAAACCUGCUGGGAAAAAUAAGUCCAAAUCGAAGUCCGGUAAGUCUGCUCUUGGAUCCCGUCGAAAGAAACCACUAACGGACAUCGCAGAGAGCGUUUCGUCCAGUACUCGUGCGGCAAUAAUGGCACAGCAACUAAAAAUGGUCGAGGAGGAACAACAACUUCAGGCACAGGAAUUAGCGGAAAAAAAGGAGCAAAAAAGGCGUGAGCGGGAGGAAUCCGAGCGCCAGUUGCAAGAAAAAAAGAAGCUAGUGGAAGAAGAGAAGGCUCUUCGGGUCAAGCAGCUGCAGGAAGAAGCGGAGAUGAAAACAUUGGAGCAGAGACUGAGAAGAGAAUCGCUUGACAAACGGAACCAGAUCGUCAAGGCGCUCGCUGCCAGCAGCCAUGGUGGCUCAAUAUUGGGAUCGGUUGCUAGUUCAAGUCGCGAUUCACGUUCGAAAGUCCAGAGUUGGUUGGACAAAUCAGAAUCCGGAAAAGAAGAAGAAUUUCCCACGGAUAUGGGCCUCCAGGUUUCCCCCAUAUCCGCAGCCCAUCGUUCAGCAAUAUCGAACUGCUCCAAAGUUCCGGUUCCAACGAACCAUUCCUUCGUAAGGUCCCAUGUACUCAACUCGAAAUCCCAAACUCCAGUUGCGCUUAAUCGGCCGGCAGUUCCGCGCACCAGACUCACUCAAGAGCAAAUAGCCGCGCGUCAGGUUUUAGGAAAAGAACAUCUCAUCUUCGACGGGAAUCCGGAAGAGUGGCCAAUUUUUAUCAGCCAUUUUGAGCAGUCGACAUCUGACUGCGGCUUUACGGAUACGGAGAACAUGCUUCGGUUACAAAAAUGUUUGCGUGGACCAGCGUAUGAGGCCGUGAGAAGCCGUCUUUAUCUUCCUUCAGACGUACCGCUCGUGAUAUCGACCUUACGAACAUUUUUCGGUCGACCUGUUCUUGUCAUCAAAUCGCUGCUGAAUAAAAUACAUCAGGUACCACCGCCAAAACUGGACCGCCUAGACACUUUGAUGCAUUUCGCACUGGCAGUGCAAAAUUUCGUUGGCUCGCUGAUUGCUGGUGAACAGAGAGAGUAUCUGGCAGACCCGAUUCUCGUACAGGAGCUAGUCGAAAAGCUUCCUGUCCCAUGGCAAAUGGAGUGGGCGGCUUUCGAAAUUCAACACCAAUCCGUUACGUUGGAAACGUUUGGCGAAUUCAUGUCCGUAUUGAUGACCAUGGCCAGUAGAGUCUCGUUCAAAAGUCCGAACUUUGGAAACAUUACUCGAUCGGACUCGAAUAAGCGGAAGCCGAAAGAAACGGGAUUAUUGUACACCCACGCACCCGAAUCCGAUCAACCGAAAGCGACAGAUGUUGCUUUGCAAGUUCGCCAUCGACCAAGUAAGCCUUGCUUCUGUUGCGGACGAGAGGGACACCGAGUAGCUGAGUGCCCACAAUUUAAAGCAGCCAGUGUGGACGAUCGUUAUAAAUUGGUCCAGCUGAAGAAACUAUGCAGAACUUGCCUGAAUAGUCAUGGAAAGUGGCCUUGCCGAUCCUGGACAGGAUGCGGAGUUGAAGGCUGUCGACAUAAACACCACACACUUCUUCAUCCAUCAGCCAACAGCAACCAGAAUGUCAGUUUUUCCGCCAGUCACGUGUCCUCGGAAGAUUUGACUUGGACACUUUUCAGAGUGGUUCCGGUUGUCCUCUAUGGAAAGAAUCGCUCUCAACUGAUUUUCGCCUUCAUCGAUGAGGGCUCGUCUUACACCCUUCUAGAAGAAUCCGUCGCCAAUCAACUCGGCUUGGAUGGCCCUAAGCAGCCGCUCACUCUGCAGUGGACUGGAAAUGUUACACGAGAGGAACAGCAGUCGCAGCUAGUGGAACUGAAUAUUUCCGCAAAAAAUUCUACUCGCCAGUACCAAAUGAACCAUGUUCGCACUGUUCGUAGCCUAAUGAUCCCCUCGCAAACUUUAAAAUAUCGUGAGCUGUCACGCCGCUUCCCUCACCUACGGGGUCUCCCGGUAGAAGAUUUUGAACUCGUUCAGCCACAAUUGCUGAUAGGUCUGGACCAUCUACGACUUUGUGUACCAUUGAAGCUACGGGAAGGCGGCCCAAAGGAUCCGAUCGGGGCAAAAUGCAGAUUGGGUUGGAGUAUCUACGGAUGUGUUUCUGGAAAUCCUUCCACGCCAGCCGUCAUAAAUCUACACCUCGGGGCGAUAUCCGAUCCAGAUAGGGAGAUGAACGAACAACUGCGUGAUUACUUCGAACUGGAGAGUUCGGGUGUAAAGAUUCCGAACAGUAUUCUUGACACCGAAGAUGACAAACGGGCGAGGCAACUCCUGCAAGAAACGACACGACGAUUGGAAUCAGGUAUCGGAUUCGAGACUGGGCUUCUUUGGAAGACUGACGACCUGAACUUUCCUGACAGCUACCCCAUGGCUUCUCGUAGAGAAGAGUGCUUGGAAAGAAGAUUCGCACGGGACCCACAACUGGAGGCAAAGGUUCGUGAGCAGAUAGCCGACUACGUGCGUAAAGGAUAUGCGCAUCAAGCCACAUUAGAAGAGCUGACGUCUGUUCCACCGGAACGUGUGUGGUAUCUCCCUCUGGGCGUCGUGACCAAUGCUAAGAAGCCAGGAAAGAUCAGAUUAAUCUGGGAUGCGGCAGCCAAGGUUGGUGGAACAUCUUUUAACUCGAACCUUCUCAAGGGGCCAGACCUCUUAACCCCACUUCUACAAGUUCUCUACCAGUUCCGCCAGUUCCCAGUAGCAGUGUGCGGCGAUCUGAUGGAAAUGUUCCAUCAAAUCAAGAUUCGCUUUCCCGACUGCCAAUCUCAACGGUUCCUCUUCCGUGAGCAUCCAACGGCAGAGCCAAAGGUCUACAUCAUGGAUGUGGCCACAUUUGGGUCUACCUGUUCCCCGUCUUCAGCCCAAUUCAUCAAAAAUCUCAACGCCCAAGAGCUCGCUUCAGAGUAUCCUCGCGCAGCAGUAGCCAUUGCAAACAACACCUACGUAGAUGACUACUUGGGCAGUUUCAUGUCGAUUGAUGAAGCUGUGGAAGUCGUAAAUGAGAUAAAGCUGGUGCAUUCCAAGGGCGGUUUCACGCUACGACGCUUCUUGUCCAACGAAGCAGAAGUUUUGCGAGGAAUCGCAGAAUUCGCUGAGGUCGAAGACAAGGUUCUCACCCUGGAGAGAGGGGAGAAAUCAGAAUCGGUGCUGGGAAUCAAGUGGCUGCCAAAAGACGACGUUUUCAUCUAUUCAUUUGAACUUCGAGAUGACCUCAAACAAAUUCUGAACGAGCAGCACAUUCCUACAAAACGCGAGGUCCUCAAAGUAGUAAUGAGCUUAUUUGACCCCCUCGGUUUCAUCUCGUUCUUUUUAGUGCAUGGGAAAAUCCUCAUGCAGGAUAUCUGGGCCCGAGGAACGCAGUGGGACGAAAAUAUUCCGCAAGAUCUCAACAUGCGAUGGCGAGAAUGGACGAAUCGGUUCCCAGACUUAGGCAAAGUACGAAUCCCCCGAUGUUACUUUCCAUCUCCAUUCCCAAAGAAUCUCGAGAACCUGCAAAUACAUGUCUUCGUAGACGCGAGUGAGGCCGCUUUCUCCAGCGUGGCCUAUUUUCGCUUGGAGAUGGAUGGAGUGGUUCAAGUUGCUUUCAUCGGAUCCAAAACUAAGGUGGCUCCGCUCAAGACGGUCUCAAUUCCUCGACUCGAACUGAAAUCAGCCGUGCUAGGAACACGUCUCCUGAAUACAAUAUCAAGCCAACACACCUUUCGCAUAGGCCACCGAUACAUGUGGAGCGACGCCGGAGUCUGCCUAGCGUGGAUUCGUUCCAAGGAUCACCGAAAAUACCACCAAUUUGUUUCCGUACGGAUCGGUGAAAUUUUAAUGUCAACCGAUCCCAGAGACUGGAGAUGGGUUCCUUCAAAAAUGAACGUGGCCGAUCAAGCAACCAAGUGGAAAGAAGGACCACAGCUAUCGAUGCAGAAUCCAUGGUUCCGGGCACCAGAAUUCCUGUACGAACCCGAGAAACGAUGGCCGAAAGAGCGCACUGUCCAGACAACAAGUGAAGACCUUCGAACAGUGCACUUAAACCUUGGGCACUUCUCUCCAAAUCCUGCAAUCAUCGACACAACUCGCUUCGAUUCCUGGAUUAAAUUGCUUCGAACCACGGCCUUCACGUUUCGUUAUAUUGACAACUUCAAACGGGACCUGGUCGACGAACCAUUGGAGCUAGGAUUGCUCACCCAGAAAGAGCUCGAACGUGCUGAACGCCUGCUUUGGAGAAUCGCUCAAGCAGAAUCAUAUCCCGAGGAGAUUGCACUACUUUCUGAAACACAAGGUCCCCCUGAAAGUCGUCACAGUGUCGUCAAGAAGUCCAGCACAAUCUACAAGUAUUGGCCGUUCCUGGACGAGGAUGGUGUUUUGCGAAUGCGCGGCCGUAUCGGUGCUGCACCAUUCGCACCGACAGAAGCUAAGUUUCCCACGAUUCUCCCCAGAAAGAACUAUAUUACAUUUUUGAUCGUCGACAGGUAUCAUCGUCGUUUCCGACACGCAAAUCGGGAAACCAUCGUCAACGAGAUCCGACAACGUUUCGAAAUUCCCAAGCUGAGGUCCCUCGUCUACAAGGUGGCGCAGAAGUGUUCCUGGUGUCAGGUGAUGAAGGCCAGGCCAAGACCUCCAGCCAUGGCACCACUUCCAAAAUUUCGGCUGACAGCAUUCGUGCGCCCUUUCACAUCUGUAGGCUUAGACUAUUUCGGGCCAGUUCUCGUAAAGGUUGGCAGACGCAAUGAAAAACGCUGGGUGGCUCUUUUCACGUGCCUGACCAUCCGUGCUGUACAUUUAGAGGUGGUUCAUUCGCUAAGCACGGAAUCCUGUAUAAUGGCAGUUCGCCGUUUCGUCGCGCGUCGUGGUCCGCCGAAGGAGUUCUGGACGGACAACGCUACUUGCUUCCAAGGUGCCAGCAACAUAUUGAAAGAGGAAAUUGCCGCUAAGACGAACGCCCUUGCUCUCACGUUUACCAGCGCCGAAACUAGCUGGAAGUUUAUCCCACCUGCCACUCCGCACAUGGGCGGGGCGUGGGAAAGGUUGGUCCGCUCAGUCAAGGUGGCGAGCGGUGCUAUCUUGGAAACAUCUCGUAAACCGGACGACGAAACGUUGGAAACCAUCCUGUACGAAGCCGAAGCAAUGAUCAACAGUCGACCGCUCACCUACAUUCCGUUGGAGUCGGCCGACCAAGAAGCGUUGACCCCAAACCAUUUUAUAUUGGGUAGUUCAACUGGAGCGAAGAUUCUACCAACAGAGCCUGUGGAUUACCGAACAACACUCCGCAGCAGCUGGAAACUGGCGCAGUAUAUAACCGAUCAAUUCUGGACGAGGUGGCUGAAAGAAUAUUUGCCCAUGAUCUCUCGUAGAACAAAGUGGUUUGAGGAAACCAAGGAUCUGGAAGUCGGUGAUCUGGUCAUGAUGCCUGACGGUGCAAUACGGAAUCGGUGGACUCGAGGUAGAGUGGAGCAAGUAAUUCCUGGACGAGACGGCAGAGUAAGAGAGGUCGUGGUUCGGACAACUUCGGGUACCUUUAGGAAGGCAGCGUCGAAAUUAGCUGUUUUAGACGUCGUCGAAAGAUGUGAACCUGAGACAGUGGUUCCAGAUUUGCACCAAGGUUCACGGGCGGGGGAAUGUGACGACGGGGUCCCUCGUUGCCGCAACACUGCUCGACGCGACGCUGCAUCAGAUGACAGAAUUGACGUUCGCGGAGAGAACUGCCACGAGUGA